AUGUCUACUGGUCUUCGUAAAGCCUUUCAAAAAGCUCACGCAGAAAAACGUCCCGCGUUUGUCACUUUCAUAACUGCUGGUUUUCCUACUCCUGUUGAUACUGUAGAUAUUCUAUUGGGUUUACAACGUGGUGGCGCUGAUGUCAUUGAAUUAGGUAUUCCUUUUACCGAUCCUCUUGCUGAUGGUCCUGUCAUUCAAUAUGCUAAUACUGUAUCUUUGGAACAUGGAACUGAUAUUGCUAUGUGUCUUGAUAUGGUACGAGAGGCUCGUAGCAAGGGUUUGACGGUUCCUAUUGUAUUCAUGGGUUAUUAUAAUCCUGUAUUGGCUUAUGGUGAAGAAGAACUUAUUCGUGAUUGUAAACAAGCUGGUGUGAAUGGAUAUAUUAUGGUUGACCUUCCUCCUGAAGAAUCUCAUAGUUUUAGAAAUAAAUGUCUCGAAAAUGGAUUAUCCUAUGUUCCUUUGAUUGCUCCUACUACUACUGAAAAGCGUAUGGAAUUACUUGCCAAGGUAUCUGAUUCAUUUAUCUAUGUUGUAUCUCGUAUGGGUGUCACUGGUGAACAAAAGAGUGUGAAUGUGGAAUUGCCCAAUAUGUUAGCUCGUAUCAAGAAACAUACUAGUGUCUAUUUAGCAGUUGGAUUUGGUGUCUCUACUCGUGAACAUUUUACUCAAGUUGGUGCUCAUGCUGAAGGUGUUGUUAUUGGAUCACGUAUCAUCACUUUGAUUCGUGAUGCUAUCAAAGAAAAUAAGAAUCUAGCUCAAGUGGUAGAACAAUAUGCUUCUGAAGUUAGCGGUCGCAAAGUAGAAAAAAUAAUUGCUCAAGAAUCUGGUCCUGUUGCUGAACCCGAAGUAUCUGAUAUUGCUGGACAAGGUAUCAUUGCUCAAAGUGAACCCAUCAAAGAAUUUUAUGAACUUCAAACUCGAUUUGGAAGCUUUGGAGGUGCUUACGUACCUGAAGCCUUGGUGGAUUGUCUAACUCAAUUGGAAAAAGUAUUCAUCGAAGCCAAGAAUGAUCCUGCCUUUAUCGCCGAAUUCGAAUCUUACUAUGAUUAUAUUUCUCGUCCAUCUCAACUUCAACUCGCCAAUCGUUUGACAGAAGAUGCUGGUGGUGCUCGUAUCUGGUUGAAGCGUGAAGAUUUGAAUCAUACUGGAUCUCACAAAAUUAACAAUGCUGUUGGACAAAUCUUACUGGCAAAACGAUUGGGUAAGAAACGGAUUAUUGCUGAAACUGGUGCUGGUCAACAUGGUGUCGCCACUGCUACUGUAUGUGCCAAGUUUGGAUUGGAAUGUGUUGUUUAUAUGGGUGAAGAAGAUUGUCGUCGUCAAGCUUUGAAUGUCUUCCGUAUGCGUAUGCUUGGAGCAACCGUCGUUCCUGUCUCUACUGGUUCUCGUACUCUUAAGGAUGCCAUUAAUGAAGCAAUGCGUGAUUGGGUCACUAAUGUAUCUACAACACAUUAUUUGGUUGGUUCUGCUAUUGGUCCUCAUCCAUUCCCUAUGAUUGUUCGUGAAUUCCAAUCUGUGAUUGGUAAAGAAACGAAACGUCAAUUGCAAGAAAAGGCUGGCAAAUUACCAGAUGUUGUGGUGGCCUGUGUUGGUGGUGGUUCGAAUGCUAUUGGUAUGUUCUAUCCAUUUGUGAAUGAUCCUACGGUACGUAUUGUUGGUGUGGAAGCUGGUGGUUCUGGUGUGGAUACGGAUAAACAUUCUGCUACAUUAAGCAAAGGAACGCCUGGUGUAUUACAUGGAACAAGAACUUAUCUAUUGCAAGAUGAAAAGGGACAAAUCAUUGAAACUCAUUCAGUCUCUGCUGGUCUAGAUUAUCCUGGAGUGGGACCUGAACACGCAUUCAUGAAGGAUACAGGUCGUGCAAACUAUUAUGUGGCUGAUGAUGCUCAAGCUUUGAUUGGUUUUAGAAAAUUGACUCAACUGGAAGGUAUCAUCCCUGCUUUGGAAUCUUCUCAUGCUAUUUAUUAUGCUCACAAACUUGCUAGUGAAUCACCCAAGGAUCAAGAUAUUGUGGUUUGUUUGUCUGGUCGUGGUGAUAAAGACAUGCAUACAGUGGUGGAAGUCUUGCCUACUUUAGGACCAAAGAUUGGUUGGGACUUACGUUUUGAAAAGAAUUUGUAG